AUGGGCGUCUCUCGCCAAACCCCUGCCAAUAACGAUGUUUGCCAUGACAUGCCAGCAUUGCCAGCUUCGACCUUUGCAGUGGCAGUGUCUUCACCUUCAAGCACGCCAAGCUCCAUCCAAACUGUCAAUGGCAAACAGUACUUCACCACCAAUGUAGGCUGUUACUCAGAUGACUACCCAAAGUCCCGCGUCUUGUCAGGCAAGUCGUACAGUGAGCCAACCUACAACACGCUCUACCGAUGUGCAGAGUUCUGCGCUGAUCACGGCUUUGCCGUUUCCGGAGCAGAAUACGGACAAGAAUGCUACUGCGGCAACUCCCUGCCUCCUACGCAGCUCGACAGCUCUGCCUGUGACUUCCCUUGCUCGGCCAAGCCCGAUGAGAUUUGCGGUGGCAACAAUGCUCUCUCCAUCCAAUCGAUUACUUUUGUUCAGAGUCUCGGUUGUUAUGAAGACCAGAUCAACUACCGUUCGCUGAACGGUGCCAGCUUCUCGGCCCCAGACAUGUCGAUCGAGAAGUGUGCCGGUCUGUGUCAGGGGUUCACCAACUACGGUGUCGAGUAUUCUAAUGAGUGCUACUGUGGCAAUGGUCUGCGUCUUGGACCCACAGCUGCAGCCAACUGCAACAUGGCUUGUUCUGGCUCGCCCAAUGAGAUUUGCGGUGGAAGCAAUGCUCUCAGCGUCUACGGCGCUCCUGUGGUUGCGUCCGACGUGAACAACGUUACUUCAAUCGGCUGUUUCACCGACUUUUACCCACAAUCGCGUGUGCUCGAUGGCGCCAACACUGCUUCGGAUGAAAUGACUGAGGCUGUUUGCUCUGCCUUCUGUGCACAGCGUGCAUUCACCUUAUUCGGCACAGAGUUCGGUAGAGAAUGUUUCUGUGGCAACACCCUGCCCACUGUGUCUUCAUCUGGCUGUACCCAGUCAUGCGCUGGUGACAGCUCCGAAAUUUGUGGUGGAAGCAACGCCAUCUCCGUGUACUACUACAACGCCAACGGCGCACCUAUUGGUUUGCCUGUCUCGUCUUCUGCUGUCGUUGUAUCCAGCACAGCUUCUACCUUCUCAAGCGCCUCUGUUGUGGCUCCUGCUUCAUCGACUAGCAUUGCAUCUUCCAGCAGCGCAGAGGCAGUUGUUUCCUCGAGCACUUCCUCGAGCUCUGUGGUUGACACGACCUCUGCUGCGGUCACUACCUCAACGACCGUGAACGCCAUCACCACGUCCGAAACUCCUAUUGCUUCAACUACUUCCACGGAAAGCUUGGCUGCUUCAACCACAGCUGAAGUGCUCCACUUUUGCUACAAUCACGUCUGA